UGUUAGCGCACUAAGGUAAUCCAGAACUGUUACCAGCUAUCCUUAGAGUAGGGACGCUCGGCCAGCAAGGGGUGGCGGUAGACAGUAUACUGAUCACUGCGCGCCUUCUGAGCCCUUCCAAAAAUGGCGAAUCCCGAGGCAGUUGGCACUGCCUUUCUAGAUUACUUCUAUGGGCUGUUUGCUACCAACCGCGCUGGCCUGGCCAGCCUAUAUCAGGAGUCGAGCCUUCUUACCUUUGAGGGCGCGAAGUUCCAGGGACAACAGAACAUCAUUCAGAAGCUAACUACUAUGCCUUUCCAGAAUGUUGCUGUUCAGCGCGACACUGUUGACAUCCAGCCGUCGAUCUCUGGCGGCAUCCUCAUCUUUGUGACUGGCAAGCUGAUGCCUGAGGGGGAGAACAUGCCGCUGAAGUUCAGCCAGGCGUUCCACCUGAUGCCCACGCCGUCCAACAGCUUCGUAGUCACCAACGACAUGUUCCGCCUGAACUACGGCUAAGCUGGACGCUCUUCUGGGUGCCUUGUGCAUAGAGUCGCUAGCUUGACUAAGCUCGGACCGG